AUGGCGUCCAGAAUAGAUUUCGAUGCUCUCAGAAGGCAAACCCUCGGGGCAGGAAACGAUGAGGCAGUCACGGUCAAUACUCGUGCCUUGAUAGACAAGGUUCUGGCUCGAUACUCAGGUGAAUGGACGACACUACGGGAACUCCUACAGAACGCAGCAGAUGCUUCGAGUAAGCACGUCAAGAUCAGCUUGGAAACCCUACCCUCUGCUACCAUUCCUGUCCCUCAGACCGCCGACUCUUCAACAAGGCUGAAACAUGUUUUGCUACAUCAUAAGAUCAAGUCUACUAGAGUAGAGAAUGACGGAGAGGUUUUUCACACAAAUGACUGGGCUCGCCUCAAGAAAAUAGCGGAAGGCAACCCCGAUGAGACGAAAAUUGGAGCAUUUGGAGUUGGCUUCUACAGCGUAUUUGCGGACAGCGAGGAGCCAUUUGUGUCCAGCGGGAAGGAAGCUCUAGCAUUCUACUGGAAAGGUGAUGCUCUGUUUACCAAAUCCCUGCAGCUGCCAAAUGGACAGGUCAGCAAGACAACAUUCAUGUUGCCUAACCGAAGUCGGGACUCCCCCGUCCCAAAUCUCCUCUCGCUUUGCCGAUUCCUCGCUAGCAGUUUGACAUUCGUCGGGUUGGAAGAAAUCGAGUUGUUGCUCGAUGAGUGGAAGAUUAUGACGUUGAGAAAGAAGAGUGCUCCAAGCUUCGAGGUACAAAUACCGAAAGAAGUCAACAGGAAGACAAAGGACGGCAUAAUGCAAGUGGGUGGCGUCUCUAGAGAGGCUUCUCAGCUUGAUGCACAAUGGCUGAAAGCUGUGGAAUGGAACGUCAAGGCUCAUGCGAAGAGCCCCACAGAUCCAUCAGGAAACGCCGUGAAAGGUGCACCAUCAACACAAUCUUUGAGAGGAUUUUUCUCUCGACUUGCUCCCGGGACCUCAAACAAAGAGACUUUAGAGCGACAAGCUACAGAAGAGCGUGAAUCCCAGACACGAAUUGCAGAAGACAUCUUAGGUAUAGCUACCGCAACUAUAUUUGUGCACGUAAAUCGUGCGAGUGUGCGUACGCUUGUCAGCCCAACUUUCAGUGCAGAGUUAGAGCGAGCCACCAAGAAACCACCACCAAAGCAGACCACUAUAUCCCUCCUCAGCGCUUCCUUUGACGAAACUGAGGCGUCUUCAUCCGAUUCAGCCACUCAGACACCCGGUAGCUUCAAGAUAUUCGAGUCUUUCGUACCUACAAACGGGAAAGGGCGCAUUUUCAUUGGGUUCACGACCAAUCAAACAACAGGUCUUAAUGUUCACAUCAGUACCCCUUCUGUCAUACCCACAGUCGAACGAGAAUCGAUCGAUCUCAACAAUAGAUACAUCAGAACUUGGAAUGUCGAGCUUUUGCGCGUUGCGGGUAUUAUUGCGAGGAUCGCUUGGGGCGGUGAAAUGCAACAAAUUCAGGACAAAUUGUCUAGAACGAUUCAAGGAGCGGGAAGGCAAAAAGUUAUCAAGGAGGACAUUACAGCUGUCUCUCAAGAGACGGUCUUCUUACACAAAGCUUACAGUUUCGAGGAGACAACUCCGGCUGCCGAGGUUGGUACUUUAAUGGAGGAGGCAUUCUGGACUUGUAAUCAAAAGGUAGCCAUAUCAACCUUAUCGACCAGUGGCGUUCUACCAGCUUCUCAAGUGCGUCUUGAACCCGAAGAGCUCAGCUUUGUCGAGGGAAUCCCCUCAUUGCCUGCGCAAUUGUUAAAAACUGGUCUUGUUAAGAAGCUCAUCGAUUAUGGUGUGAUCACUGAGGUUACUGUGUCUGACAUCAAGUCCGAGCUAGAGAGGAAAGCAAUCAAUGCCGCUCAAUUGAAGCAAUUCCUGGGAUGGGUUUUGCAAAAAGUUCGGGUCAGCGAGAUGGAUGUAGCGAUGGCCCAGUCUCUACUUAGUGCUGCCGUCGCAAAUGAUGACGAAGAUGGUACACCAAAACUGAUCAUUCUUGGCGAGAUGAAGAGUUUUCUCAAUCCCAAUCGCAUCCCAGCAGAGAUGCCCAUUCCUCCUUCCGUCCUACCUUUCAAAUUCACAAAGGACAUCAAUAAACCCGUUCUGGAGCUCCUUUUCGACGACCUGCAGAUCGUGCCAUGGCUUCGCUGGCUUGUCGAAAACACUGGUGGCCGUGGAGAUCUAACAGCUGCACACAAUAUCACGCAGAACGCCAAGUUUGCAACUUCUGUCUUGCCUAUCAUUUCAAAGCAGUGGGACGGCUUAAGUCAAUCAUCCAAAGCUACCGUUGUUGAUCUGCUCUCGUCUCGAACCACUAUGCCCACAAUGCUAGGCAUGAAGAAGCCAGCGGAAGCAUACUUUCCUCAUGUCAAAUUAUUUGAUGAUCUGCCUGUAGUGACUGGCUUGCACUCUGUAAAAGACAAAUUUUUGGCAUCCCUAGGCGUGAGAAAGACCAUUGAAAUUGGCGUAAUCUUCGAACGUCUCAUGAACGCGUCAAAUAAGGAGUCGCAAAUACCUAAUUCAUCCCACAAGUGGAAUCACGUAGAUCUCAUCAAAUACCUGGCGUCAAUUCGACAAGAUAUCCCUUCAGCAGAUAUCAAGAUAUUACGGAGCACCAAAAUCUGUCCGGCAGAGACUGAAACGCUUCAGCCGACCAAAGAGCGCUACAUGGUCUCCGAACUAUACCAGCCAGAUCAGUCUUUGCGUAAACUCAAGCUACGAACAUUGCAAUGGCCCGGAGUCUAUCGACCAGAAAGUUCUGAAGGAAAGUUCCUCACAUAUCUCGGUCUACAAACGCAUCCGACCCACCAGGAGUUGAUAAAACUGACCUGGGAAGCUGGCGUCGAUGGGAAUAUUGCAUUGCGAGAUCAAGCUCUGAAGUUUUUCAUUGAUCACCACCAGACCAAGGGCUAUGCAUCAGUGGACUCAAAGACCGUAACGCUGCCUUUCCUUCCCAUUCAAGGGUCUGAGAAGAAGGUUGCAGCUCCUGGAGAUGUCUUUGUCAACGAGAAGUCGGCUAUUUUGGGAUUUGAUAUCUUGAGAAGGGAUCUUCAAGUCCACGCAUUGAAAUUUGGGGUUAGCCAGGAUCCUCCCAUCGAACAGUGCAUCGAUCGCCUACUCAAGAACCCGCCAAAAACCAAGCGCGACGCGAGAGAAGUCUUCAGCUAUUUUGCUGGCCGAAUCUCUGAUAUUAGCAAUCAAAACGCAGAAUCACUUGGCGGCGCCAAGGUAGUCCCUACACUGAAGAGAAGAAGAUCACAGGUCAGCCCGCAGACUGAGAAGACAGGAGAACGAGUCAUUCAUGUGCCUCCCCGUGCUUGCUUUCUAGGACACGGAGACUCCAAAUAUGCCGACAUAUUUGACUACGUCGAUUUUGGCCAAGAGGCAAACAGCUUUUUACUUCGCGUCGGUUCAAAGCAUGAGCCAAGUAUUACUGAGCUCGCGAAGCGCCUCGUCGUUGAACCAGCCAAGCUCUUUUCCAUCCUGGGGGAUGCGCGGUACCUUGAACUGCUGCGAAACAUCGCGGAUUCGUGGUCGAUCUUGAAGAAGGACAAAGCAAUCGUGAAAGACAUGAAAUCUUCCAAGUGUCUCCUUGCAUAUCGGGAGAUACCAACAGGCCCCUCGAAUUCUGACGUAGAUGACGACUACGGCUCAGCGAUUAAAUCUUGGGAACUUGUCAGGGCAAGUGAAAUUGUAGUAAUUGACGACAUCAAUGUGUAUGCCAUGUUUCGAGAGGUUUUGUUGGCCGCUCCCAUGGAAGAAUCACUAGAGGCCUUAUACCACAGCCUGGGAGCCUCUCAGGUCGGAUCGCUGCUGGAGGAACGACUGGUCUUGGGAAAUCUCGAAGCUGACCAAACGCCAGCUCUUCAAUUGCAACGACUAAUACACGAGCGAUCUCGCCUAUAUCUUCACGACUAUAGAUCAGAUGCAAUUAAGCAUGACCACAACUGGAUUCAGAAGAACCUCAAGGUUGAAUGCGUGAAAUCCAUUGUAAUGACUGCGACGUUGAAAGGUUACAAUCUUCGCAAGAAGGAAAAGAAGAAUGCUGUUCGAAUUAAUGACAAGCCAGUACUUUAUGUCACCUCAAACUACGAGAAGCUGGAAGUCAGUCAAGCAGUGGCUCCUUUGCUGCUCCAUCGUGUAAAGCCUCAGUCAAUAUUCAUGUUGGAGAUGAUGCUAGGGUAUACCUUGACUCAGCUUGGGCGACGAGGGUACAACGUGCAACGUAUUCUGAACGAAAAGGCGAGAGAAGCCAAGAUCGCUGAGGAUCGACGAAAAGAACUCGAGGUUGAGGAACGGAAGCGAAUCAAAGAUCAAGAGGCAGAAUGGGAGAAGACUCAGGCUGCCAAAGUACACGAACAACAACAGAUGCAAGGUCUUCCAGGUAUCUUCCCUGACUCACCCGACCGCCAGUCUUCCCAAAACAACACCGUCCCCGUUUAUGGCGAACCUCAACUGCCGAGGCCAGGUCUAUUCUCCGGCAUCAGCAAGCAAUUCGAUCAAGUCAAGAAAUCAUUUAACCAAACCCAAACACCAGUUCGAACACGAGCUAUAGAAUCACCUCAACCCUCUGAGGAUGCACCACCGCCAUACAGCCCCCAAGCCGGCCCUCGACCCACUCCUCCCCAAGCAGAAAGCGUCACCGCCCCGCACCAUGUACAGCAAAACCUCAUGAACCUAAUUCAAGCCUCUCGCCCCCACAACUCCAACAGCAUCUCAAGCGAGACAAUCUACAACGACGUCAAAGAAACAAACACCUACUGCGACGCCAAGCCCGCCCACAACCUCUCUUACAUUGGCGAAUCCUCCGGCCUUCGCAUCUUCCUCGACAAAGACGCCCAAUCCAAAGGCCUCACCCCCCAAAAAUUCAUGGAAGCCAACGCCUCCGCGCUCAACCUCUUCGCCUCCAUCCUCUUCGACUGCGCAGACAUCUUCACCCUAAAACGCGAUGCCUUACACAUCUUCUACGAUGACAGCGGCAGCACCAUCGCAUUCAAUAGGGCCAAAGCCCUAUUCUUCAACUAUCGCUACUUUGACAAUCUGCACUUGGCGGCCUUGCAGCAGGGCAAGGGCCGGAUGGAUGCUGUGAUUUAUUGGAGUGUCACCAUGGCGCAUGAGUUGGCGCAUAAUAUCGUCUCUGACCACUCGAGCCAGCAUAGCUAUUACACUGAGAGUCUGAUCGCGCAGUAUUUUGGGAAGAUUGCGAUAAAGACGGCGCAGGGGAGUCAAGCUGGGGUUGCUGCGCAGGGGAGGAGGGAGGGGAGUAGAAAUCUCAUCGAGGUGGAUUGA